AUGGCAGAAGCGACGUCCAUCACUCGGCACCAUGGAGAAUGCCCACUCUGGUUUCAAUGCGAGGGCGCAAAAACGCUGCGAGAGCCCCAUGGAGGAUGGACAACAGCACCAGAACCGAUACGAGAAUUCAGCUUGAUAUUCGUAGUGGACAAGGUCAACCGACGAGUCCUUCUAGGCAAGAAGAGAAGAGGCGUAGGUGUGGGCUUGUAUAAUGGAUUUGGAGGCAAACCCGAAGCUGGGGAAACUAUACUUGAAUGUGCAAAGAGGGAAUUGAGGGAAGAAUCAUGCCUCGUACCGUCAGAUGCCGCCUUCUCUCGAGUCGGACAUUUUGUCUUUGGGCGUCCGAAGCACGGCAACAGAGAGAUCUUUCGAAUAGUCAUUUUCGGAUGUACAUCAUGGACAGGAGAGCCAGAAGAGACGGAUGAGAUGACUGCGGAGUGGUUUGACAUUCCCUCUGAACCGCCUCAAGCUACCGAAGAAGGCUAUGACCAGCAUUCGAACGGAUACCCGCUGAGCAACAUGUGGCCUGAGGAGACACUGUUCCAUUUCGAGGUCUUACAGCAUAUACUUCAGACCCACAGUCAAGCGAGCUCUUCGAGUCCCAAGGAACUCGUCGGUCAACUCGAGUAUGACUACAUCGACCCGGCAACUGAGCAGGCGUGGACGUUGAUCAAACCGCAUCACGCUAACGAUCCCACAUUACCUGAGGGCAAGCAAGAGGCAUUGAUCGGUUGGUGCUUUGGAUGGCGAGACAGGUCACGAUCAUAG